AGUGAUAACGUAUGAUAACAGUUUAAAGAUAUUUCAAGUUUUCUAUUGAAAAAAGUAAAAAGUUGAUAUUAAAACUGAUAUUUAAACUUAAUUUAUAGUUACGAUUAAAAUUAAGGUUGUUUCAUCAAUUUGUUUUGAUAUAGUGCUAUACUUUAUUAUAUGAAAAGUUUAUUAGUAUUUUAUUUUCGAAAUUAUAAUAGUGUUUUUCACAUUUAUAUUGCAUUUAAAAUAUUAUUAACAUGUGUAAUAAUGAGAGCCCACCACCAACAAAAAGCAAUUAUUCCAUUGUUAACAGUUCUACAAUGCCAAGUUUUUUAACAGGCUUUGAGAAUUAUCGCCUGCAACUUUAUCAUUAUGCAAUGGCAGAACGUAUUCGAAUUGCUCAACAGUUACAACCCCAACAUUCGCAGCAUGUUAAUAGCCAACCAGGAAAUGUUCUCGCCAACCAAUGCGUUAUAGGUAUGGGGGCGGGCUUCCCAACUCCAUUGCCGCUUUAUACGACUGAAAGCAACUAUUCCCGUGGUUUAGCUCUUUCUAUGGCUAUGCUUCGUUCACCUGACUCUCAUAUUCCUGAGGAGCCAAAGCCUCAGCAUAGUUAUAUUGGACUAAUAGCGAUGGCUAUUCUUUCAUCACCAGAAAAAAAACUGGUUCUUUCCGAUAUUUAUCAAUAUAUACUUGAAAACUAUCCGUAUUUUAGACGUCGAGGUCCAGGUUGGCGAAAUUCCAUUAGACAUAAUCUUUCAUUAAAUGACUGCUUCGUUAAGUCUGGUAGAAGCGCUAAUGGUAAAGGUCAUUAUUGGGCAAUUCAUCCUGCAAAUUUAGAAGACUUUCGUCGAGGAGAUUUUAGGCGUCGUAAGGCGCAGAGAAAAGUUCGUCGGCAUAUGGGAUUAGCAGUGGAUGAAGAGCCCGACAGUCCAAGUCCUCCCCCAAUAUUUACUCCUACUGCACAAAUAAACUCAGUACCACGACAUAUUGAAAGACAAACACCCACCAUUGAUUGGAGUUUUCAUCAAAACCCAGAUUACUCCAAAAUAAAUAAAACUUUUGAUGAUCAAAUAAUUCAUAAAAACUUUUCGCAUCCACCAAGAAAAAGACAAUUUGAUGUUGCUUCAUUAUUAGCUCCGGAUGAACAACCUUUAAUAGUUACGUGUAAAUCAUGCAUAUCAAAUUGUUCUCCAGAUAAUAAAUUUAGUAUUGAUUGCACGUAUAAUAAUAGUCAAUCUGAAGAAAAUAUAGACAUUGAAGAGACCAGAAUGUCUGUUCACGAAAAAAAAAAAUCACAUUUGAAUGACAGUAGAUACAAACGAAACCCAAACUCAUCUAAUGAAAAAAAUCAGUUUUUUUCGCUUAUUCGUGUACAUAAUGAAGCCCAUUGAAUGGAUCAACAUUUUCCAGAUAUAAAGAAGACGUAUGUGCAUAAGUUAAAUAUAUUGUUUAAUUUUUAUCUAAAAUGUAAUAAAAAUUAAGCUAAAUUCUUUGCCAUUGAACUUAAUUCACCUGACCUCAAUAAUGCUCAUAUACUAUUGAGCAUAUUUUAAUGCACAAGUCUAGUUAAAAUUUGGCUGUGGAUUAAUGGAAGA